AUAGAAACCUUGAGGAUUCCAGGUUUACUCGGGCACUGAACACCAACUUAAUAUUUACAAGCUAUUUAAAGAAGCUUGAAGUGUGCAUUCUUAUAUAUAUACAAGCCAUCUAAGCUAUCUAUCACAACCGCUACUAAAAUGGCCGACCCUGUCCUUACAUCAUCCUCAAUUGAGGGGCUACCAAAAAUCGCCGAGGGAAAGGUCAGAGAUCUCUACGAGGUUGACGAGAAGACACUUCUCUUCGUGGCUUCUGACCGCAUCUCCGCUUAUGAUGUGAUCAUGAAGAAUGGAGUCCCAUCCAAGGGCGCACUUCUCACCCUCCUUUCCAGCCAUUGGUUCUCUGUCCUCCCCACGUUGGUGCCGGGUCUCCGCACGCACUUCGUCACUCUAGAUCUCCCACCUUCUGUCCCAGAGUCUCAGCGAGCUGCUCUCCGCAACCGCUCUAUGCAAGUUCGCAAAUUUAAGAUCUUCCCGAUCGAGGCCAUUGUCCGCGGCUAUAUCACUGGUUCGGCGUGGAAAGAGUACCAGAAGACAUCAACUGUGCACGGCAUCUCCAUCCCAGCUGGCCUGAAAGAGGCUGAACCGUUCCCGCAAGGAGCCAUUUACACGCCAUCCACCAAGGCUGAGGCCGGGGCGAACGACGAGAACAUCCAUCCUUCGGAAGCGGCUAAGGUUGUAGGUGAGAAGUACGCUGCCAGAAUAGAGGAGCUUGCAUUGUCUUUAUACAAGGCCGCCCGCGACUACGCAUAUGAAAGGGGCAUCAUCAUUGCGGACACCAAGUUUGAAUUUGGAUUGGAUGAGGAGACGGAUGAGGUUGUAUUGGUUGAUGAGGUCCUGACACCUGACUCUUCAAGAUUUUGGCCAAAGGACAAGUACGAGGUUGGACGCGAUCAGGAGAGCUAUGAUAAGCAGUACCUCCGCAACUGGUUGACAGCGGAGGGGGUCAAGGGUAAACAAGGAGUGGCUAUGCCCCAGGAGAUUGUUGAUAACACGAAAGUAAAGUACGUGGAAGCUUAUGAGUUGUUGACGGGAAAGAAGUGGGGCAGUGCAUAGUCAUAGCAUCUAUGAAGGAUAGUAUAUAUGGAAUGCGUUUUAAAA